UGAAUAUAAAGCAUGCUGGGUGAAACAUGAGCCCAACCACCAUCGUAAGCGUAGUCUGCUUAAUAUCAUUAAAUAUUACCCCUCUUCAUGCUUACAAAUGUGGAAAGGUGCAAGGAAAGCCAUUCCACUUAGCUGUGGAAAGAAUAGUUGCUGGUUACGACGUUGGUUACUACAGAUAUUCUUGGUACAGCUCCCUGAUGAUUGGUAACGUAUCUGCAUGUGGAGGAGUACUUGUUGCACCUAAAACAGUCCUGACAGCAGCCAGUUGUUUUAAAAAUUAUCUCAGUACUGACGGGUCUGUUUACAAAAAGCUCGAGAGCAUUUAUAACGUUUCUCUGGGAAUGUACAAUAAUUGCCUUGCGGAGGACCAUCGGAGGUCGUACCAAAUAGAAAAAGUUAACGUUCAUGAAAUGUACUUGAAGAAGAGACCAUUCUAUGACAUAGCCCUUCUAACUUUAAUGGGAAGCACCUCUUCGUACAAGCCUAUAUGUUUACCUUCUCUGGGUGGUAAAACACCUCUGGAAGGGACGGUUUUAGGAAUGGGUGCCUUAAAAUUCAACGGGUCGGUCCCCUGUACUUUGCACGAAGCCAGGCUUCUAAUAUACCCGGAGGAGAAGUGUAGGGAUAUCAUAACUAAGAGUGGGAACAAUGCUAGUGCCAUGAUUAACGUCUUUUGCGCCGGGUACACCACAGCCAACGCAGACACUUGCCAGGGCGACUCGGGGAGUCCCCUGCAAGUGAUGACUGAGAACGGCGACUUUGUACUCUUGGGUCUUGUAUCGUUUGGUUACCAUUGUGCUAAUCCAAAUAUACCGGGGAUGUACACGGACGUCUCCAAGUAUUUGGAAUGGAUAAAGGUAAAGUCUGGGCUUGAUGUGCAGACUGCUUUGAUGCCUAUUAAAAUUCCAACGUCUCAAUCAGGUUUGAUUAAACCUUUCAAAAGAUUUGUGGUGGUGAUAAUAAUAAAAAAUGGGAAGGUAACAGUGAUUAAAAAACCAGUGCUGCACUACCCUGUGUCCACUAAUCAACACUUGACGAAUUUGUAAUAAAUAAACUCUUACGUUAUUAGAAAAUAUUUUAUUACAACAAUGGUGUUUAAAUAAUACAAUAGGAAACAAUGCCAACUUAGAAGCUAAUCAUAGAAAUGUACAUAAAUAAAUACUAAAUAUUCU